AUGUCCGUGGUCUGCAGAGAUUUGCUACGUUUGUUGGAUAGCGAAAAGAAUUACGAUGUCCUUCUCUGCGUGGGUGAGGAAGGACAUACAAAAGAGUUCAAGGCACAUUCGCUCAUUCUAUGUGCACGUUCGACUUAUUUUGCUGCUGCUUUCGGUGAAGAAUGGGCAAAGAAAGAAGAUAAUAAGUAUAUUCUCAACAAACCAAAUGUGACUCCUGCCACUAUGGAUUUCAUUCUGAGAUAUUUGUACGGUGGCGUGGUCGAUUUUGGGUCCCAACGUGCAUCAGUUGUUCUUGAUGUAUUGAUGGCUACAGACGAGUUGGAAUUAUUGGAACUAUUGAAUGAUGCACAGCUGUACAUUAUAGAGAAGAAAGAUGAAUUCUUAAACGAUAAUCCGGUUAAAAUUCUUAGGAAAAUCUGGCUCCACGAAGCUUUUAUUCCAUUACGUAAUAUUUGCAUCGACAUCAUAUGUAAACAGCCCAGUAUUCUGUUUGACUGUGAUGAAUUUUGUAAAAUACCGGAAUCCAUCUUAAUGCACUUUCUUCAAAGAGAUGACUUGGACUUACCGGAAGUAUUCAUCUGGCGCAGUAUUCUAGAAUGGGGCGUAGCACAAAAUCACGAGUUAACUUCGGUGAAUAAUUCCAGUAACUGGACGAAGGAUGAUUUUGUAACCUUGGAAAAAACGUUGCAUCAAUGUCUUCGUCAUGUUAGAUAUCAUUCUUUUCAGCCACAAGAAUUUUGUGAGAGCGUCAUGCCGUACAAAAAAUUGAUACCUAAAGAUAUUAGAGCCGAUAUCAUUCGCUAUUAUAUGGUUCCAGAAAAGAAUACGCCUCAAUGGAAGCAUCGAUCAGGCACGAAAGAUCAUAGUAUAAAAAUCGACUCUCUCGUCAUAAAAGUAACACAACUUGAUUUAAUUUCCUUGUGGAUCGACACAAACCAAUAUUUUGCGCAUAAGAGAUUUCGAUACGAAUUAUUGCUUCGAGGUACAAGAGAUGGCUUUGAUAAUGCCACAUUCCAUAAUCUCUGUGACUAUAAGGGGCCAACGCUGAUUGUCUGUAAGCCUAGCUCGGGUAAUGCAAUCAUCGGAGGUUACAAUCCUUUGGAUUGGACCUCCAACGGGACAUACGGAAACACCGACAGAAGUUUUUUGUUUCAUAUCAAAGAUAUUAAUGACCUCAAUUCCGCGCAGAUCGCUCGUGUCACUAAUAACGUAUACGCUGUGUAUUAUUGUGCUUCGUAUGGUCCAUGUUUUGGUUGUGCAUCAGACUUAGUUACAAGCAAUACUAAUUGGUCAUCAAGCACUAGUUGUUAUCCCAGUAUAGGAAUACCUAAUAGUUUUACUAUCCAAGAAUAUGAAGUUUUUAAAGUGAUUAGCUAA